AUGUCUUCGCAAGGCACCUUCACAGAAGUCCAUCAAUUCACCAAGUCCUACAAGCACAUGUGGGCUCGUGAUGUCGCCAAGGCGAGUAUGAAUUAUGAUCUCAAGGGUGUUAUCGAACGCUUGAAGGAAUCUGUUCCUGCUAAGUUCGAUUCCAAGGAUAACAUUGGCUCACUCCGAAAGAAGACCAUGGAGGCCACUGGUCCAGGCUACAUCCCCGAGGAGGAGGGUAAGAUUAGCGUGGGCAUUGUCGGUGCCGGUGUCGCUGGCUUAUUUGCUGCCCUUCUCUUUGAUCGGCUCAAUGGCCAUGAAGAGCUCAAGGGAAAGGGUCUCAAGAUCAGCUAUGACAUCCUUGAGGCUGCUGGUGCAGAGAGACUUGGUGGGCGUCUCUACACUCACCACUGCUCUGAUGAGGAACACGACUACUAUGAUGUCGGUGCCAUGCGCUUUCCUAACAACACUAUUAUGAAGAGAACAUUUCAACUGUUCCAGUACAUUGGAAUUACACAGGAAAGCAAAGCAGGCUUGAUCCCGUAUUAUUUAAAGAACGAGUUUGACGAAUGCCCUGCCUACUUCAACGACAUAACCACCAGUGGCAAUGUCUGGGACCCCAAGAAAAAGGCAAAUGACCCAUAUCAGGUCAACGAAGGCCUUCCUCCGAACGGCAAGAUCCGACCAGAGCGCCUGCUUAAGACCAACCCCAGCGAACUAGUCAGCACCGCUCUAAAGGUCUUCACAAAGGUUGCGAAAGAGAGGUUCAAGGCGGCAAUCGCUGAAGAGGAAGAGGAGGAGAAGCAAGGCUUCAAGAGUGUUGGUGAAGACGGGGAACGUAGGCCUAGAGGGCCAGCAUCUCAAAAGUUAUGGGAUCUUCUGAUGAAGGCCGAUCAUAUGAGUGUUCGACAAUUCGUUGGCUCAGGCCAGCCGAGAAAGGACGGGGAAGAACCAGAGCCUCCAGCUGAAGAUGAGUUUCCCCAGGGGCCUGGUUUUAACUACAACACUAUCGAGUACCUUGAGACAAUGACCUAUGGUACAGGCUGGUAUGACCAGUCCCUCACAGAGUGUGUCCUGGAGGAGCUCGAUUUCCAUACACCCGACAUGGACGACGACCCAGCAACAAAGGACAUCCAGUAUUGGUGGUGCAUUGAUGGCGGUGCACAGGAGAUCGCCAAGCGAAUGGCUUUAAAGAUCAAGAAGUGCAUUGAAUACAACACCAAGGUUCAAUCAAUCGAUGCUCAAGUUCCGCUUCGUCGAGAGCGCAAAGCCGGCUCGUACACUGCCAUGAAGAUCAAAACCACCAGAACAGAUCCCAAGACCAAGAAGGUCGAGACCAAAGUCAGGGAGUACUUUGCCAUCUUCAACAGCACCACGCUCGGUGCCCUUCAGCGUAUGGAGCUUUCGGAUGCUGGUUUGUCUUGGGGUACUAAGCAGGCCAUCCGAGCUCUUGGGUAUGGUGCUUCUUCCAAAGUUGGCAUGAAAUUCCGCACUGCAUGGUGGCAGACGCCGCCAUUCAACAUUGCCAAAGGUGGUGUUUCCAGAACAGAUUUGCCCCUGCGUGUCUGCGUGUACCCAUCGUACAAUAUCAAGUCAAACGAGGGUGAGGACAAGUGGGAUCCUACAAAGCCGGCCGUGCUUCUGUGUUCAUAUACCUGGGGUCAAGAUGCCCAGCGCAUUGGCGCCGUCUGUUCCAACAACACAACACAAGACGACGCGGAGCUCAAGCGGCUCAUCAUCCACGACCUUGCACGGCUUCAUGCUCGGAGGGAGCGCCCAUUUGAGGAAAUGGUGAAAUUUCUUGAACAGCAAUACAUUGAUCACCACGGCUACGACUGGUAUAGAGACGAACACAUGUCGGGAGCCUUCGCGUAUUUCGGCCCCGGGCAGUUUUCCAACAUGUGGCAGGAAAUCAUCAAGCCCAACGCAUUGGGUCAACUGUAUAUCGUUGGAGAAGCAGCCUCGUCCCACCAUGCAUGGAUCGUAGGUGCACUGGAAAGCGUUGUUCGAGCCGUGUACGUCAUGUUCCAAGGUCUCCAAAACGGCAACGAGAAGUUCGAGGCGUAUGACAUCGUCCUGAAACUUCUCAGAACUGGUUCUGAUAGUGGCAAGAACGUCAGCCUACCUUUGAAGAAGGACGGCGAUAUGCCCACUGGCUUGCCUUUCCAUCCUCUGCCGGAGGAGAUGCCUACAAGGCAAUUUUGGACGACCAAGGACCAGGAAUUGACUGCUAGCCCUGAGAAGGAGGCUAACGAGGAGCAUGUUGACAUGACCUACGGUGCUGCUCUGGCUGUUUUGAGCUUGAUUGAGAGUUUCUAUGAGCUCGGAGUGGAUAAGAAGGACACCUAUUAA